AUUCACCGAAUAUUGUCAAAGAAAAUUGCAUAUUGUGAAACGCAUGAAACAAUUGACGGCUGGUCCCUGAUAAUAACAAUCAAAACAUUAGCUUUAGUAAGUGGAAAGAAAAAUGUCUAAACCAACUCUAAGUCUUAGACAAUUUAUGCUGCGUCAAGAAGUGCUUAAAUUGUAUCGGGAAAUAUUUCGAACGAUAAGAAAGGUACCGGAUGCAUCAAGCCGAACGGAGCUGAAAGAAUGGACGAGAAGUGAUUUUCGCAACAACAUUCAUCAUACCGAAGAAAUAACCAUCAAAAUGCUGUUAAACCAUGGCAAGCGAUCGUUGAGUGAACUCCGAACUAGUUUAGAAUUAAGUGGAACGAAAACGUGAAGCGUUUGGGUCAGCUGAUGUUUGUUAGUGAAAUUACCUAUAAAUUAUACAAUGUACGACUGUACCGA